ACUCAUCGUCAAUUUUAGAACAACGCAAAAUACUUCUUUGCUUAACCAGCGAUCAUGGGAAAUUUAAAUAAUACGUUUAGAAAUCGAAUAUGACGCGUAAAUUACCACGGAACCGAAGCGAAAUACGCCAAGACCUAGAUCCGGCACAAUCGACACCCGUGCGACAACAGAAAAUCAAGCGCGAUGAUUCCGACGCAGAGGAUAAAGUGCCGGAAAAUUCAUCAGUUUCUAAGCGGGUGAAAAGAUCUGGAUCGGCAUCUGCCCCUCCGGAACCAUUGCCUGAAAGUCAUAUGAUCGAGGGUCUUGAGAAUGAUGACAUAUAUCGCAUGGUAGAGGACGAGUUUCUCGAGACCGCGCGUCAAUUUACAGCUCAUUUACAUGCAGCAGAAUACUUACGAUUGAAGUCCGCCUCGGAGUCGCAAAACGCGGAUACCAUCAAAAAUAUUUCAAGACCAGUCGUCGGUCGGACAACAGAUCUAGUUAAAACGAAACAGGAACGUAGGGCCCGCCUACAGAAGCAAAGAGCUGCAGUUAGAAAGGCGCGAUUGAAUUCGGGCCAGGAUGAAGAGACUGAAGAAAGUGGAGAUGAAUCGCAACAGAACGCAUCGUUGUUCGGUCUGAUGGAAAGCCCAAGGAAGCAAGCGAAGCGCUUAGAUUAUCUCACUAAAGCGCUAUCUACAACCCGCGCUGCUGCUGGCUUCGACACCAUCAAACCUCGGUCGUUAGUCGUCGCGCCUCGUCCAGCUAUGAAAAGCAUGUCCGACAGAAAGCUUAUCGCCAAACCGAUAUUAGGUGAUGAUAGUGAAACGGAAGAUGACGAUGAUCUAGAUGCGCCGUCUACUAGGGUACCCGUGAAGCCGGACAGAGAAACAUCGCCAUCUCCGUUUCAAUUGCCGAAGCCGAAAACAACACAAAGUCUCACGAAAGAUACCCAAAUAUCGCAUCCAGCGAAACCAGCACCUACUAGGCAAAGGUCAGAAGUUAUAUCUACUAAAGAAACCGACUUAUCGGAUGAAAAUUCCGACGGUGGCCUUUUCAGCACCCUCAAGCGACGCCAAGAAGACCGCAAGCGUAUGCGAGAGCAACGAAAAGCCGCAGCAGAAGCCAGCAAGACACAAUCAAAACAUGCAGAUGAUAUUAUUCCAGGUUUUAUAUGACAUAAGGUACCUAUACAUCCAUCCAUUCGUCAAAACUCACGACGAGGCUACGUAUGGAGUUUGGAACGGCUUCUCAGCCUGGGGUGUGAUACGGGCGAGAUGCCUGCGCUGUCCACUCUUCCAGUCAAGCAGCGCCGAGUGUUGUGUAACUCUGUUAUCCCAAACCACGACGGUUCCCUCCUCCCACUUGACGCGCGCCUGGAAGUCAGCGCCGUAUGCGAGAUGGUCGUACAGGAAUUUCAGAAUGGCGUCAGAUUCUUCCUUCUUGAGGCCGACAAUGUCACGGGUGACUACGGGUUACAAUUAGCGCUUAUUUUACCACCAAAAAAGCAUGAAGUGGGUAAAGGGCAUCGUUAG